UCUUUCCUUAAGCGCUUUGGAAGUUUCUUAUGUACACAUUUUAUGUUUGUGCAUGGAGCUCCGAAGUACAAUAGUCCGUGUAAAUAAAACGUAUCUUUUGACGUUUUUUAAACUCUUCGGAGCGUGGUCUGAGCGGUGUGCGUUGUCUUGUAGCUAAAGAGCAAAGAGGGCGAUUUACUAUGGCUUGUCCGAUUUAUCCAAAGGACACACCGCAGCCCACAGAGGACAUCGAAUUUCAGCAAGUACUGCGUCAAAUUGGAGGUAAAGAGAAUAUAUACUUAGUAAGUGAUACCGUUAAAUCGGAUGAGGAGGACGAAGCCAGUGGGAUAUUAAAGGAGUUCAUUCAAGACAUGUUUCAUAGCGGGCGCACUGAAAACCUUGGCACGAGCCAUACCAACAACAACACUAACGGUCAGAUUUAUUCCUCUCCAAAUAGUCAAGGGGAUACUACAAGCGAAAAUAUUGGGACAUGCGAAACAGUAAACAACUGCAAGACUUUGCCUCAAGCCCAGGGGAACGAAAUACCUCUGUCAACGAGGCCAAAGGAUUUAGUAUUGAGUGCCAAAUCUAUGGGAGAGGAUAAAGGACCACCGAGGCUCAAUGGGAACGUCCAAAAGACCAAAACCUCAAGCAUGAAUAGUUGUAGAGGAAAGCGAAUAAUAGACUAUCCUAUUAUAAUAUUCAUAUUUAGACAGGAGUUUUUCAGUGGCAGUGCAAACGCAAUUUGCCUGAAAGAAAUUCUGAAGGAUGUUAGGUCACGUGCGAAACGUGGCGGUGUCCGCCCAGCACUAGUCGGGUUAAUACGCUCAACAGGUGAGAGCAACGAGACGCGUGAAUCAGUGGGAUUUCUGGAGGGCCUGCUUCGUUCGGUGUUUCGGAAACAUCCACCAGAAGCCAUCUGGGCAGGGCAUUUCAUUCCCAAGACAGAGGAUAGGAUGCUGGCCAUCAAGAAAUACGCCUGCAAAGCCAUCUAUUCGGCCCAAUCCUCAGAUAAUUCUGAGGAAAGAGGGAACAUGUUUUUAAGGCCAUUCCAAUGUUUGCCUUGGCCUAGAAGACACAACAGCCAGGCCAACAACACUUCAGCAAACAGGCAAAGAGGUGACGCUGCUAGUGCAGAGGAAGGGAUCCCUCUGAAGACGGGUGUUUUGUCCUCUGGACCCCAGGCAGAGUCCGACUGUGGUGUAACCAAAAAGGACAGUCAUGAUGACACUCGUGGGUCAUGAUUUCCCAUGUCCAACUGUGGACAAUACUCAAACGUUGGUCUCAAGGAACAUUGGUGUCUGUACAAGUCACAUGUCUGGCACAUUGGCCUUACAAUCGGUCAGAGAAGAGUUGAUACAUUAGCCUGUGAUUAUGAACAAUUUGAAUUUAGCGAUAACUCAAGUUACGCAACUUAAUACAUUUAGUGUACAUGCGUAUCUUGUGAGGUUACUCUGUUACAUAACCAUCCAUGUAUGAUGUCACUUUAAAUAAUUGUCAUGUAAUAUCUGCUUUUGUUGUUACAAUGAGCUCAUCUUGAAUUGUAAAACAACAAUGAAAAAAUGUGUGACCAACAAACACUAUGACCAUUUACUUCAUUCUGUUCGGUAAGUGUGAUGGGAUGCUGUUUUCAAACGAAACACAAUACCUUGCUCUUGUUAAAGCUUUUAGAAUUGAUUUGUUUAUUUGUUAUUUUCUUUUGCUUGACUUCAAUUAACAUUCAGCAACUAGUGAGUUUUAGUGUUUUUUAAAACAAUAUAGAUUUAAUAGGCGCAAUGAGAAAGAGUUAGAAACAAUUAGAAAGUCCAAAAUGUGUGCCUUAGAAAUUCAGUCGGCACAAAAAAAAUGUUGGGUAAAAAAACAACCCAGUCCUGGAUAUAAAAAACAACCCAGCCCUGGAUAAAAAACAAAACCAACCCAGCCCUGUGUAAAAAAUAAAAAACAACCCAGCCCUGUGUAAAAUUUUUUUUAAAAACAGCCCUGUGUAUAAAAAACAACAACCCAGCCAUGGAUAGAAAACAACAACCCAGCCCUGUGUAUAAAAAACAACAACCCAGCCCUGGGUAAAAACAACAACAACCCAGCCCUGGAUAUAAAAAAACAACAACCCAGCCCUGGAUAUAAAAAACAACAACCCAGCCCUGGAUAUAAAAAACAACAACCCAGCCCUGGGUAAAAAAGCAACAACAACCCAGCCCUGGGUAAAAAACAACAACAACCCAGCCCUGGGUAAAAAAACAACAACAACCCAGCCCUGGGUAAAAAAAACAACAACAACCCAGCCCUGGGUAAAAAAAACAAAACAACAACCCAGCCCUGGGUAUAAAAAAAACAACAACCCAGCCCUGGGUAUAAAAACAACAACCCAGCCCUGGAUAAAA